AUGAGAACUUCAAAGUUACUAAGUGCCGUCAGUAUUGCUGGUGCUGUUGCACAAAAGUUCCCUGAUUGUGUGAAUGGUCCUUUGGCCAAUAACACAGUUUGUGAUACGACUGUUGAUCCAUAUACUAGAGCUACAGCUCUUGUAGCACUGUUUACUCUGACCGAGAAGAUCAACAAUACUGGAAACACAAGCCCUGGCGUUUCCAGAAUUGGUCUUCCCCCAUAUGAAUGGUGGAAUGAAGCUCUCCAUGGUCUAGCUCGUGGAGCUUCCUAUGGAGCCGCGGGUUCCAAUUACUCUUACUCAACAUCGUUUCCUCAACCAAUUCUAAUGGGUGCUUCCUUUGACGAUGAAUUGAUCCACAAUGUAGCUUCUCAGAUUUCUACCGAAGCACGAGCUUUUAGCAAUGCCAAUAGGUUCGGUCUCAAUUAUUGGACACCCAACAUAAACCCCUAUAAAGAUCCUCGGUGGGGUCGCGGUCAAGAAACUCCUGGCGAAGACCCAUUCCAUGUCUCUAGCUACGUCAAUGCUCUUGUAACCGGGCUUCAAGGAGGACUCGACGACCUACCUUAUAAGAAAGGGGUGGCGACUUGCAAACAUUAUGCUGGAUAUGAUCUUGAGGAUGGUGGUGGCGCGAUACGCUAUGGGUUUGAUGCUAUCAUCAGCUCUCAGGAUUUGAGAGACUAUUACCUUCCAUCAUUUCAGCAAUGCGCCAGGGACUCAAAUGUACAGAGUGUUAUGUGCAGUUAUAAUGCAGUGAAUGGUAUUCCAACUUGUGCCGAUGAAUGGCUGUUACAGACUCUUUUGAGAGAGCACUGGGGGUGGGAAGAAGAGGAUCAAUGGGUAGUCAGUGAUUGCGACGCCGUCCAGAACAUCUGGGACUACCACCACUACACAUCCACCCCCGAGCAAGCAGCCGCAGAUGCAUUGAACGCAGGGACAGAUUUGGACUGUGGUACCUUCUAUCCCACAUAUCUAGGAUCCGCAUAUAAUCAGAGUCUCUACAAUAUCUCUACCCUAGACCGAUCUCUCAUCCGACGCUACGCAUCACUAGUUAGACUCGGAUAUUUUGAUCCCGCAUCUAUCCAGCCAUAUCGUCAGCUGGGUUGGUCUGAUGUUUCCACCCCUACUGCUGGACAACUUGCGCUUCAGGCCGCAGAAGAUGGAAUUGUACUACUUAAGAAUGAUGGUUUACUUCCUUUAUCAUCAAAUAUCACGAAUGUGGCGCUGAUCGGACCAUGGGGUAAUGCGACUACUCAAAUGCAGGGGAACUAUUAUGGUCGAGCUUCAUAUUUGAAUUCUCCAUUAAUCGCAGCUCAGAAUGCCGGUUUUAAAGUCACAUAUAUUCAAGGUGCAGAUAUUGAUUCUUCAAACACGACUCAAUUCGGAGCAGCUGUAGCUGCUGCACAAAAAUCCGAUGUCGUUAUAUAUGUUGGCGGGAUCGAUAAUUCCAUCGAGGAAGAAGGAAAAGAUCGAACAACCAUUACAUGGCCCUCAACCCAAUUAUCCCUUAUUAACCAACUCGCCAAUCUCUCCACCCCCUUGAUAAUCUCCCAAAUGGGCUGCAUGAUAGAUUCAUCCACGCUGCUCUCCAACCCCGGCGUUAACGCCAUGAUAUGGGCCGGCUACCCCGGUCAAGACGGCGGAACUGCCAUCCUCAACAUACUGACCGGAAAAUCAGCACCGGCAGGUCGUCUACCCAUUACCCAAUAUCCCAGCGAUUACGUUAACCAGGUAUCCAUAGCCGACAUGGAUCUACUACCUGGAGAACAUAAUCCUGGACGUACUUAUAAAUGGUUUAACGGAACUCCUAUUUAUGAGUUUGGAUUUGGAAUGCACUAUACGACUUUCAACGCUAGCAUUACGGCCCCAUCACAUAAUACAUUCGCGAUUUCAGAUCUCCUUUCAAAAGCCACUACAUACAAAGACCUAACCCCCUUCCUCACACUCCCCCUAACCGUCUCCAACACCGGUACCACCACAUCCGAUUACACAAUCCUACUCUUUCUAUCCGGUACAUUUGGCCCCGCACCCUAUCCCAAGAAAUCUCUCGUAGCUUAUACGAAAAUCCAUGAUAUUGCUGGGGACACAACUGCAAAUGCAGAAUUGAAGUUGAACUUGGGGAGUUUGGCGAGAGGUGCUGAGAAUGGAGAUUUGGUGCUGUAUCCGGGGGAUUAUAGGGUGCUGGUUGAUGUUGAUGGGAUGGAUGAGUGGGGGUUUACGUUGACGGGGGAAGAGGCGGUUUUGGAUAGUUGGCCUGAGAGGAAGGCUGUGGUGUAG